GGUUUAUAGUGGAACACAUCAGUGCAGAUAAACUCCAACAAGACAUCUCCUUCUUGUCAUAACUAAAGACUCCAUCAUGUUGUUAUUCCUCUUCGUCUUUGGUUUGGCUCUUGGUGCAGUGGCUCCAUCAGAUGAGCUGGAAGGGGAGCUGCAACGUGGCGGUUGUCCCAUGUUCUGGUACAACUUCAAUGGCCGCUGCUACAAGUAUGCUGCCUCACGCAUGACCUGGGCUGAUGCUGAGCUCAACUGUGUGUCAGAAGGAGCCAACCUGGUGUCCAUUCACAGCCAGGAAGAACACGAUUUUGUCCAAUCUCUGAUCAAGAACUUUGACCAUGCUCAGAGUCCUACUUGGAUCGGACUCAGUGACGUCCAUAAAGAGGGCACAUGGAUGUGGUCUGAUGGUACUAAGGUGGAUUUUACCAUUUGGUAUGAAGGGCAACCAGAUAACUAUGAUGGAAUUCAACACUGUGUUCAUGUAAAGUUUUUUGGACAAAGAUGGAAUGACAUCCCAUGUUCUUAUACUUACACUUCUGUUUGUGCAACCCGCAUACCGCGUCCAUAACAUCUGGGAUACUAAACAUCUGUGUGAUCCAGCCUGCUCUGCUGAACUGAUUCUGUGAUAAUAUUCAUGAGACUUCCACAAUAAAGCUAUAAAUCUACACUUUUAUGUCUCUGUACAAAUUUCACACCACCACCCUACUGUGUUUUUAUUUUUUUACUGUGAUAUAAAAUCUUUUCUCCUUUUAUUUUCUUUAUUUGUCUCCAAUUCUUAAGUUUUUCAUUGAGUUCAACUUUAAAUACAAAUAAAAACAAAUAUUUUAGUCAUUCCAAAAAAUAUCAGAGUUCAAGAAAUGUUCAGGGUUUAAUGGCAAACGGUGCCAUAAAUGGUCAUUUUUAGUGAAAGCUGUUUAAAAUCUGUUUAAAUAAUGAAACAAAAAUAUAAAGUAGGCCUGCAUAUUGUAAAGAGAGAAAAAUUGAAGAUUUUUGAUCAAUAAACGAGUAUUGAUGUGGAA